AUGAAUAUGGACUUAAAGGAAGUUUUAUCCCUGGACAUGCAUGUUCCCAAGGUAUGGGAAGAGUGUCUGACAAAGAAAGUGGAGGCGGAAAGUCACCUUCAAAAGCAGGAAUACAGACUAAAACUAAAUAAUCCACUGGCAAAGGAAAUCUUUUGUAGGCACUUUCAGCAACUCUGCUACCAGGAGACCCCUGGACCAAGAAAGGCUCUUACUCGACUGCAGGAACUUUGCUACCAGUGGUUGAGGCCACAUGUGAGCACAAAGGAGUAGAUUUUGGAUCUGCUGGUACUGGAGCAGUUCCUGUCCACCCUGCCCAAGGAGCUCCAGGGCUGGGUGAGGGAACAUUGUCCACAGAGUGGGUAAGAGGCUGUGAUUUUGCUGGAGGAUCUGGAGAGAGAGCUUGAUGAACCACAACAUGAGAUGGUAGGUCACAGACACAGACAAGAAGUCCUCUCUAAAGACAUAGUGCCUCUAGGAGAGCAGACAUCAUUGAGCCUUCAGUUCCAGCCUAAGGAACUCCAGCUCACAUGUGACCAUGCUCAGGAAGCCCAUCCUAUUGGAGAGACAGAUGAAAUGACCAAGACUGAGGAAAGAGAGUUGGUGCUAAGGAAAGACUGUCCUAAGAUAGUAGAACAACAUGGGAAAAUAUUUCAUAAACAGACCUUGGAGGUAUCAAACCAGGAUCCCCAACAUGGAGAAGCUGGUGAAUGUAAGGGUCUGAUAGAGAGACAGUGGGGAAACCCCUUAGGAGAGGGGCAACACAGAUGUGGUGAAUGUGGGAAGAUCUUUGCUCAGAGCUCAGGUCUCAUUUGACAUCAAAGGAUUCACACAGGAGAAAGACCCUAUGAAUGUAAUGAGUGUGGGAAAACCUUCAGUUGGAGUUCUGGUCUUUUUAAUCACCGAGGAAUCCACAAUCUACAGAAACAGUACCACUGUAAGGAGUGUGGGAAGGCCUUCAGUCAGAGUGCAGGUCUUAUCCAGCAUCAGAGAAUCCACAAGAGAGAAAAGCCCUAUCAAUGCAGCCAGUGCGGUAAGAGCUUUAGUCAGUGUUCGUUUCUUAUUGAGCAUCAGAGAAGCCACACAGGGAAGCGACCUCACCAGUGCAUUAAAUGUGGGAAAAGCUUUAAUCGCCACUGCAACCUCAUCCACCAUCAGAAGAUCCAUACAGUGACUGAGCUAGUCUAG